AUGGGUGUGGUGUUCUCCUCAGAGAAAAAAGUUAUCAAAGUGGACGAAGGAAGAGACGUCACUUUACCCUGUUCACUCAGCAGCAGACAGGACAUUACCACAGAGAUGUUUAAGUGGAAGAAAGAUGGUCGUCAGGUGUUCCUGUAUGAUGCCAGCGAUCAUUCUGAUAACGUUAAUACAGGUCAAGAUCAGCAGUUCAGAGGACGAGUCUCACAUCUUCCAGAUAAACUGAAGUCAGGCGACGCCUCCAUAACCAUCAGAAAUACGAAUGUGGCUGACACUGGAGACUACACCUGUGAAUUUCCAUAUCUUCAACCAAAACAAAUGUUCCACAUGAAGUUUGUUUUUGAUACAUCUCCACAGCCAUGUGUCAGGAGACUUAAACAAACAAAGGAUGGGAUUCAGCUGCAGUGUGAAGUUCGAGGAGCUUCUCCAAAACCUGAAUUACACUGGGAGGACGGAGCUGGAAACGUCCUUCUUGCUGAAAAACCACAAGAGUCAGAAAGAGGAGGAAUCUACAACGUCAUCCUCCAAACUAUUGUGACCAAGACCGACAUAUAUUGCUGUGUUGCUACACAGGAGGCAAUCAACCAGACGACUCAUGAUGACAUAAAUGUGUAUAUCCCUGGGCUCACAGCUGGGCAGAUUGCUCUUAUAGUUAUCAUUGUUGUUGGUGUUGUUGGUCUUGUUUUUGCUGUGUACAUACGGAGGUAUCGCAUCAUAAGCUUUUUUAUGAGAGUUGAAGCAAAGCCGUCUGUCAGGAUAGUUGAGCAAAGAGAUAAAAGUGCACUGCUGCAGUGUGAAGUUCGAGGAGCUUUUCCAAAACCUAAGUUACACUGGGAGGACAGAGAGGGACACAAACUUCCUGCUGAAGAACCACAGGAGUCAGAAAGAGGAGGACACUACGACAUCAUCCUCAUAACUACUGUGACCAAGACCGACAUCUAUCGCUGUGUUGCUACACAGAAGGAAAUCAACCAUCAGGCUCAUGCUGACAUACAUGUGCAUAUCUCUGGGCUCACAGCUGGGCAGAUUGCUCUUAUAGUUAUCAUUGUUGUUGGUGUUGUUGGUCUUGUUUUUGCUGUGUACAUACGGAGGUGUCACAUCAUAAGCCUUUUUAUUAAAGUUGAAGCAAAGCCGUCUGUCAGGAUAGUUGAGCAAACAGAUAAAAGUGCACUGCUGCAGUGUGAAGUUCGAGGAGCUUUUCCAAAACCUGAAUUACACUGGGAGGACGGAGAUGGAAACAUCCUUCCUGCUGAAGAACCACAGGAGUCAGAAAGAGGAGGACACUACGACAUCAUCCUCAUAACUACUGUGACCAAGACCGACAUCUAUCGCUGUGUUGCUACACAGGAGGAAAUCAACCAUCAGGCUCAUGCUGACAUACAUGUGCAUAUCUCUGGAACAACAGACCCGACCCCCCCUAGUAAUGGAACAGCCCAAGACCGAAAUGAAGGAAGUGAGCAACAUUGUGUUGAAUGAGAUGUUACUUGGUGUAACUGAAGGAGACGGAGGUGAUGUUGAUGACACCGGUUCACCACUCAUGACUGCAGAUUCUCGAGUCUAACAACGUGCCUUGAAGUUGACUGCUGAGGUGUGUGUGCUCUUGUAUCUUUCGAUUUUUUUGAGGAUCAGUUUGAGUUUUAGACCAAAACAGUGAAAACAUUUUUGGAACAGUUGGAGCAUUUUGUCCUCAUUUAUCCAAAGGCUGGUUUUUAAGUUGAGGUCUGGGGCCUGUUUCAGGAAGCAAGUUUUAAAAGGACAUUUAUCGUCAGUGUCGUAUGUUGUAUGUGCAAGCAAAUGUAUUGUCACGUAAAUUCAGUUGUUGCACUGAUGGAGUGAAGCUGACUCUGUUUAAAGCUUAUUGUUCUCCUUUGUACACUGCACAUCUGUGGUUGAACUAUAAAAAAAUCGAGCCUUCAGAGACUACAAGUGGCUUUUAAUGACGCACUGAGAUUAGUGUUAAAAAGGCCCAGAUGGACCAGCGCUACUGAAAUGUUUGUGACUGCUCGAAUAAACACUCUGUAAUCUGUUUUGAGAAACUUAAUGUAUAUGUUUAUUUGCUGGUUGAAUGAUUCUGAAAAUGAAAUUGUUUUGGUACUGGUAAAUAUUGUGUAGAGUGCAACACGCUGCACGUCUCAGCUUUGGGAGCACUGGUAUAAGUGUCUUUUAAAAAUAGGUCACUAGGGUGUUUUUUAUUGUGUUUUUAAUUUUUUUAUCUUUUAUAUUUUGUUUUUAAAAAGAAAGACUUUUUAUGGACCUAAGUCUGGAAUACAGUACAUCUAUCUAUCUAAGCAGUAUCUUUAUACUAAUGCUAAAUGCAUCGUGUACCUGAAACUUUCACUUUCUGUACCAC